AGCUGACACCCGGUCCCGAUCAUUGCAGCUCUACCAGCAGAGGCCUGGCCAUUUUGGCGAAAGAGAUACUUCACGUGAUCGUAUUAAAUCAGGACCGUGCAAUCUACUUUUUCGGCAAACCAGGGCAGUUUUCAUGGGCCCAGGCACACGUGAUUAG